AUGAUAACGGAUGAGGAAAUUACACCACCGCCUGAAGAGGAUAUACCUAAAAGCAAAACUGUGACCGAGAAUAGGGAACGGUAUGGCGGAGAUAUGAUGGGAAUUAUGCCACAACUGCCCAAUCAAAAGGCGGUGAUGAGGAAGGCCUCGUCGUCCACUCGCAGGCAAUGGCCGGGCGGUCACGUUAUCUACCGGUUCGCACCCAAAGUCCAGUUCACUGCUUAUGAGAAGUCAGUGAUCGCUUCGGCGAUGCAAGAGAUCGAAAGCUUGUCGUGUAUUCGAUUCAAACAGAGGACCAAACAAAAGGAUUACAUUAAUAUAAUUAAAGGCCGAGGCUGUUAUUCAUAUGUGGGACGAGUGGGCGGUUCGCAGGAUCUGUCACUGGGGAGGGGCUGCAUGUGGAGGGGCACGUGUAUACACGAGUUGAUGCACGCCAUGGGCUUCUUUCACGAGCACAUGCGGUCGGAUCGGGACUCCUAUUUGAUAAUCCAUUUGAAUCACGUAAUGCCCGGAAUGAAC